UUACCUUUCAACUUCACUUCCAGCCUGCAUACAAUUACAGUAACUCUGGACAAAACUGCCCACCCAGCAUGGCGAAACCUCUCACAGACCAGGAGAAGCGCAAGCAGAUCAGCAUCAGGGGGAUUGUAGGAGUGGAGAAUGUUGCAGAGCUGAAGAAGGGCUUCAAUCGUCACCUGCACUUCACCCUGGUGAAAGACAGAAACAUUGCUACACCCAGGGAUUAUUACUUUGCCUUAGCUCACACUGUGAGAGAUCACCUGGUGGGGAGAUGGAUCAGAACACAACAGUUUUACUAUGAAGCAGACCCAAAGAGGGUGUAUUAUCUGUCUCUGGAGUUCUACAUGGGCAGGACUCUCCAAAACACAAUGAUCAACCUCGGACUGCAGAACGCCUGCGAUGAAGCCAUCUACCAGCUCGGCCUGGACAUGGAGGAGCUAGAGGAGAUGGAGGAGGAUGCAGGCCUGGGGAAUGGAGGUCUGGGCAGACUGGCAGCAUGUUUCUUGGAUUCGAUGGCCACCUUGGGUCUUGCAGCGUACGGUUAUGGCAUCCGAUAUGAAUAUGGAAUCUUUAACCAGAAGAUAAGAGAUGGAUGGCAGGUGGAGGAGGCAGAUGAUUGGCUGAGACAUGGAAAUCCAUGGGAGAAAGCACGUCCUGAGUACAUGUUGCCAGUUCACUUCUAUGGACGAGUAGAGGAGACGAGAGAUGGCACCAAAUGGGUCGACACUCAGGUGGUUUUGGCGAUGCCUUAUGACACACCCAUCCCUGGCUAUAUGAACAACACUGUAAAUACCAUGAGGCUGUGGUCCGCUCGUGCCCCCAACGACUUUAACUUGAGAGACUUUAAUGUUGGAGAUUACAUCCAGGCUGUUCUGGACAGAAAUCUGGCAGAGAACAUCUCCCGUGUUCUCUACCCCAAUGACAAUUUCUUUGAAGGAAAAGAGCUGCGCCUGAAGCAGGAGUACUUUGUUGUGGCGGCCACACUCCAAGACAUCAUCCGCCGCUUCAAGACAACUAAAAAGGGCGCCCCGGGCCGAACCUCUUUUGAGAGCUUUCCAGACAAAGUCGCCAUCCAGUUGAAUGACACUCAUCCAGCCAUGGCCAUCCCCGAGCUGAUGAGAAUCUUUGUGGACAUUGAGAAACUUGACUGGGACACGGCCUGGGACCUCACUAGGCGCACUUUUGCAUACACCAAUCACACAGUCCUCCCCGAGGCUCUGGAGCGCUGGCCUGUGCAGCUGCUGGAGAAGCUUCUGCCCAGACACCUGCAGAUCAUCUACCAGAUCAACCAGGUCCACCUCGACAGGAUUGCUGCUCUCUAUCCAAAAGACAUGGACAAACUGAGGAAAAUGUCUCUGAUUGAAGAAGAUGGAUGCAAGAGGGUGAACAUGGCGCACCUGUGCAUUGUGGGAUCUCACGCUGUUAACGGAGUAGCUGAGAUACACUCCAACAUCAUUAAGACUGAAACAUUUCGUGAUUUCAAUGAACUAGAACCGAAGAAAUUCCAGAACAAAACCAACGGCAUCACUCCCAGACGCUGGCUUCUGCUCUGCAACCCCGGACUGGCUGAGCUUAUAGCUGAGGUCAUUGGGGAGGAUUAUGUGAAGGACCUCAACCAGCUACAGAAGCUGAAUGACUUUGUUGAUAAUGCUGCCCUGAUCCGUGAUGUAUCCAAAGUGAAACAGGACAACAAGGUGAAAUUUGCCCAAUACCUGGAGAACGAGUACAGGGUGAAAAUAAAUGCAUCCUCCAUGUUUGAUGUCCACGUGAAGAGAAUCCACGAGUACAAGCGGCAACUCCUCAACUGCCUGCACAUCAUCGUCAUGUACAACCGAAUCAGAAAGAACCCCACUGCACCUUUUGUACCACGAACGGUGAUCAUCGGGGGAAAGGCUGCUCCUGGGUAUCACAUGGCGAAGCUAAUCAUCAAGCUGAUCACCUCAGUGGCUGAUGUGGUAAAUAAUGACCCUGUGGUGGGAAACAAGCUGAAGGUAAUCUACCUGGAGAACUACAGGGUCUCUCUAGCAGAGAAAGUGAUACCUGCCACAGAUUUGUCAGAGCAGAUCUCCACUGCUGGCACUGAAGCCUCAGGAACAGGGAACAUGAAGUUCAUGCUGAAUGGAGCGCUGACCAUCGGCACCAUGGAUGGAGCCAAUGUGGAGAUGGCUGAGGAGGCUGGGGAGGAGAACCUGUUCAUCUUUGGCAUGAGGGUGGAGGAUGUGGCUGAAAUGGACAAAAGGGGAUAUGAUGCCAUGUCGUAUUAUAAGAAGAUUCCUGAACUGAAAGAAGUGAUGGACCAGAUUACAAGUGGAUUUUUCAGCCCCAGAAAUCCAGAGCUUUUCAAAGACCUCACAAACAUGCUCUUCAACCAUGACCGUUUCAAAGUGUUUGCCGACUUUGAAGACUACAUCAAAUGCCAAGGGAAAGUCAACAAGCUCUAUCAGAAUCCACAGGAGUGGACAAAGAUGGUGAUCAAGAACAUCGCUGCAACAGGAAAGUUCUCCAGCGACAGAACCAUCACACAGUACGCCACUGAGGUGUGGGGCGUCGAGCCGACUGACCUGAAGAUCCCGCCUCCGAAUGAGCCGAGAGAGGCCAUUGAGGAAACGGCCCGAGCUCUGAAGAAAAUGUGAGGCUGCUUCACUAACGAGGCCUACCUUCAUGUUUACAAAUCAUUUAUUGUUCCUUCCCUGCUGUGCCUUUAACCUUAACUUUACAUAUCACUGAACCUUUUUCAAGAACUUGAAAGAGCGUUUCAGAAAUCAGAUCUGCACGUUUUCAUUUUCUGAACACUUUUUACUGUCACAACACCUGAGUCAAGAACAUUGCAUUAAAACGUGUCUGUUACAAUCCUUUAGCACAAAUACAUACAAUAAACCACAAGUCAGUAUGGAGAGCCGAGAAGUCAAAUACUUCAUACUUCAUAUUUUACAUUUCUGGAGAUCAGGAUUGGUGAGGCUGCUGCAUGUCAGGAAUUCAGUAGUAACUGAGCAGCUGACUAAACUGUAUUUUUAACUACAUUAAACAUAGACUGAAACAUUUCUAAGACUUAUUUGCAUCUGUAUCAGUAUCAACUUGACUAAGGAAAGGAACAAAAAACUUCACUUGUGAUCUACAGUAUUUUGUCCGAGUGUUGAAAUAAAAAGGUAUUCUGCCAUGUGAGAUAAA